GAUUUCCGACCCACGACGCUCGUUGAAACAUUUUCCAUUGUGCCGUCCUGCACAAAUUAUCAGGGAUCAUCUCCUUUUAAUCACUACAUUGACCCAUAGCUAGUGUCGUAUAUCAAACGCUACAUGCCACAAAUUAUCGAGGCUUAUCAAUUUCAUUAGUUUAUAAGUCGUGGUCAGUUCAAGAUGAAGGAAUUGUUAUAAUGAUGGAUUUAAAUUCAUCCAGGAAUUCAACUUUGAAAAUCACAGGAAAAUGUGAAAAUUCUCAAAAUAAUACUGUGGAUUUACGAAAUGGUGUUAAUAUGUUUAAAGGUAAUGGAAUUUUAAAUAAUAAUCAUCAUUAUAGCAAAAUUGUUGCCGAAUCGAAAUUCAGUGAUGGAGACAAGAAUUCUACAAUUAAUCCAGAAUCUAAAUUUUCACCGAGAGUAAAACAAGGAAUAGAAUUAAAGAUAUUAAAACCAGCGAUAUACAGUGAUGUAAAAUCUGUAACACAAAGUUAUCUACGUUCUCGCGGGUCGACACCGUCACCACUGGCCACAUCUUCAGCAAAAGAACAAGAUUCUGAUUCCUCUAGUUCAACCCUAGAGAGUUUACAGAGUGGGAAUACAACAUCUGAUUCAGGCAAAUCUGUAAUACAGAAAAAGCAACAACUACAAGCAUAUGUUGCUUGGGUAAACUCCCAGUUGAAAAAGAAGCCUGGUGUUCGCCUGAUCGAAGAUCUACGCAAUGAUAUGAAAGACGGAGUAGCUAUGAUAGAGCUUAUAGAAAUUGUUGGAGGAGAACACAUGAGUGGUGUCCAUCUUUGUCCGUCUAGUUACGGUGAAAUGAGAGAGAAUAUUGAAAGAAUUCUACAUUACAUGACUACCAACAGAAUCAGGAUGCAUCAUACUAAUCCUAAAGAUAUUGUGGAUGGCAAUCUGAAGUCUAUUAUGAGAUUGAUAUUAGCAUUAGCUGCCCAUUUUAAACCACAAAGUGUCAAACAUUCCACACAAUCCAACAGUAAGAGAUCUAGUGUUACUGGUAUAGCUCAGGGAGCAUCAGCAGCGUUAGCAGAAGCUAGAAGGAAUGCUGCAAAAGCUGGUAACAGUUUCAGGAGAAAUAGAUCAUCUUAUAAUUAUAGUGAUAGAAGGCGUACAUACCAUGAGGGAAGUAGUUCAGAGCACUUGAGUGACUCAGAUCAAAGCUUUAACUGUGAUAGGACUAGAGUUUUGAGUCGUGAUGAUGGGGAUGGGGCCAGUGCUGACAAAAGUCCACAGUCCUCGUCGAGAUUUAGUCCUGGCAUAACUGAUACAUCUAGUCCAAAAGAUAGUCGCCUCUCUAAAAGUAAAUCAUCUGACCAGGUCUAUGCCAAAGACAGUGGUACAGAGUUAGAAGACAGUGGGAGUAACACAGUAGACAGAGCUCAAUACGAAGAUCUGCUACAGGAGUAUAUGGAACUCUCUGAUGCCAUGUCAAAUACUAGACGAGAACUCCUAAAAUUACAAGAUUUGUUACUGUGUGGGGAACCACCAGAUGGUGCUGAAGAUAGUCCUAAACAGGUUAUAUCUGGUUCUUCUCCUGCUGAACAAAUGGUAAGUCCUAAACAGGUUAUAUCUGGUUCUUCUCCUGCUGAACAAAUGGUGAUACUUGAAAGUCAAUUGAUACAGACACAGGAAGUGUGUUCAGAUUUACGUGAAGAUUUGUCUCGGACCAAGAAUGACUGCAUGCAUUUACAGGGUAAAAAGUCAGGUCUACAACAAAGAAUGGCGGACCAAGAGGAACAGCUGUCUCAAUUAAGGGCUGAACUUCUACGCAGAGACUUUGAAAAACAGUCUUUAGAAUCUGAAAAGGGUGAAUUAAAGAUGAAAGUUUAUGAUAGAGAUAAAACUAUAUCAGAUUUAAGAAAAGAGAUUGUAAGAAGAGACCAAAAAGUUGACCAAUUGCAAAAUAAUAUCCAACUGACAAUCCAAGAAAAAGAAUCUGUAACACGAGCAUUAAAGCAGCAGAUAUCUGACCUUCAUGAAAGGUUACGCUUGGUUGGAGAACGUGGGGCCACAUUGUCUGCAAGAGUAGCAUCUCAAGACAAAAGAAUGGCCAAGUUGGAAGGAAAAAUUUUACAAACAGGCGAUCCCCAACAAAGGGAGGCUACUCCUGGAGGAAACUCAGGAGAAGAUCUUCAUGUUGUCCGUGAUGCAAUACAUAGUUUACGUCUGAAUUUCAAAACCUCAGAUCCUCAGCAACAUAAAUUAGACUCAGUUGAACACUUUGUUUGUUCGUUAUUAGAUAAAAUACAACAACCUAAUAAUUUGUCUACUGUUUCCAAUGGCCAAAAUACAUAUGAACAUGUCACCUCUAGACGUUUAAAUUUUGAUUCAACUGGAGAUGUACGACGAUCACCCAUCACAUCUAUACCAGGUAGUAAUACAAGUUUUUCCCCAAAUCAAUUAGACAAUCCAUCAUCAAGAACAAAACAGUUAAAUCCUCAACCCACAACAAAAGUGCUAUAUUUUACUGAUAGGACAGUUAACCCUAGUAUGUGUACCAUACAUAAAAGAUUAGGAGAAAUAACAUUGAAAGACUUUAAAGAUCAUAUAAGUGUGAAAGGGAACUAUAGAUACUCGUUUAAAGCAUUAGAUCCAGAGUUUGGAACAGUCAAGGAAGAGGUAAUGAGUGAUGAUGAUAAGGUACCAGGAUGGGAGGGACAGAUAGUGGCCUGGGUGGAGGAAGAUACAGGAUGAAUAAACACUACAGGAAUGUCAAAUACUCCUUGUUAUAGUGCUGAAAUCUUCCCUGCCAGAAUUGGCCUUACUGCUCACGUGCCAAGUUGCCUAAAUGGCCGUUAGUGGCCAAGUUACCUAUUGUGGCUUUAAGUGGUCUAUGUGCAAUGUAACUCAGCAGAGAUCUGAUAUCAACACUUUAUUUUGCAAUCAUUGUAUCACCUCAAUAUGUCAUGUGAUAUUAAAAGAUGAUUAUCAUUGGAUACAACCAGUUAUGAAUUAUUCAUUAUCUCUAUAUGUCAUGUGAUAUAUGAAGUUGAUUUUUUAUUGGGCAUGACCAGUUAUGAAUUAUUUAUUAUAAAAGCGUUGUCUCAGAGCUUAAGUGAAGGCUUCCAUGUAUUAGCGAGCAUUUCUUUUGAUGUUUGAAAAAGUUGUAAGAAAAACUGAUAAUUUUGUAAUAAAACUGAAUGUGCAUGAGUGAUCUGUAUUGACAGCAAUGAUUUGGUUUAGAAAACAAAUCCUUAUUUAUAUUAUUUCUAUAUAUAAGCGGAUUCAUUUUUUUCUUGGGUAUCAAUUUUCAUGGAUCAAGGAAAAUUGGAUAUUCGAUUUUUUGGUUUAGCAAUCUCUGUAUUUAUAACAAAACCUAAAUAAAAUUUGUAAUUUGUUGUACAUUACCUGUACCCAUGAAAAUUGGUAUCCAACAAAUAAUGAUGAAUCUGCAGUAUUGUGUUUUAUCAAGAGAGUAGUGUUAGAAAUUUAUCAGUACAAAAUUAUAUUUGAUUUACUUCUUCCAUUUUACACGUAUAACUUAUUAAUCCCAGACAAACAGACUUUCUGCAAAUUUUUACAAUAUUAUUGAAAAGAUAAUUGCACACACACAUACAUAUAUACAUAUAUAUAUAUGUAUAUAUAUAUCUGGCAAUUUUAAUGGAAGUAUAACUUUUUUGUUUAGCUUUACAAAGAGCAAAGAUCUGAUAGAAAGUUGAAUCUCUAAAACAGUUAAUGAUGUUGUAAUAUAUGGGCUUACAAUGCAUAACAUAUAUUCAAUAAAGGUCCAGAAUGCGUAAUAAGUAUUACAAAUGUAUGUUUAUUUAAAUGAAAAACUACGCACAGUGUCAAAGUUUAUGAAUUUUGGAAAUUUCAAGAUUCAUCUGAACUUACUUUCAAAAUUCAAUUACUUUUUCAAGGUUCUCUAAAAAUGCAACUCACAAAUUUUCAUAUUUGUGUUAGUUUGAUUUAAACUGAAUAUCUUUAAUGUAUGAUUAUUUGCUUUACCAAAGUUUUCUAAUUUAAAAGGACACAGGUGUUUUUGACUAAAGAGAUAGGAUCUACCAAAAAUCAUGAUUUUUAAUAUUUUGAAAUAUCUUAUUUUUAAUAAACUAUUAAGGACCAUACAAAAAAUUAAAUAACUCAUAUGUUAAAGGCAAAAAAAAGUUUCGAAAAAAAUCCACAAAAAACUUGGCAAGUCAUUAUUCAAGUUUUUUUUCUUUCACUUAAAUAAUUGGCUUAUAUGGAUAUGUUGCAGUACCUAGUUGAAGGAAAUCCGCAAUAUAAUAUCACUUUUUAGUGAAAUCAAACUGCCUUAUAUUAGAAACUUUUUUAUUUAUAUGUUUUUAAAUUUAUGUCAUCCAACUGAGCUUAAUGGGCCAAGAUUGCUUUCAUAAGUAGCAUUUUUUGACAUAAUCAAUAAAUCUUAUUACCUUUAAAUAUUCAGAAACAGUUUCCCACUGUUUUCAAUUGUCAUGUCGUUCAACACAGAUGUGUAAUUUUGAUUUAGUUUUGCAAUGCAUUCACUAUCACUUCAGUCAUAAAAAAUAACAUUUAAAAAAUGGUAGAUCAUACCUCUUUAAACAUUUCUAGGAUAUUAAUGAAUUACUUCUGUUGUGACAAAAUACAAUAGGAAUUCUUUAUACUCUUGCAUUGGUCAUAAGAAUAUCUACAAAUUUGGUCGAUUGACCAAGUCAUAAGAAUAUCUACAAAUUUGGCCGAUUGACCAAGUCAUAAGAAUAUCUACAAAUUUGACCGAUUGACCAAGUCCAGAAUGUGAUACUUGAGCAGGAAUCAAACAUAUAUAUUUUUAUGUUCUUUUUGUAUUUUUCUUGCCUUCUCUUGUUUUCAAUGUUAUAAUUAUUAUUAUUUUUAUUUGUUGAUUCAACAAAUCUGCAAUUUAUUUAUUAUUUAUGGACAAAAGCUUCAAAUGGCAUAUUUGGAAUAAUGAAUUCAUUUUAUAGCAAAGAAUAAAUGCUUUGGAUAAAACGAUUUGUUUAAAUGUUCUGUUAUGACAGUUUUUAUUAUUGAAUGUUUUUGCUUGUAUAAUUUUUUUUUAACUCAGGGCGUACUACAUUCCUAAUGCAUGUAUUAUUUGUUUCAGUUACAAUAAAACUUUCAAAGCUGG